AUGUAUUCUCUGACACAAGCAGACUUCAAGUCUCGCCCGGGCCGUAGCACCAUAUGGGUGCACGCAGAGGCGUUUGGUUUUGGCCCCAGCAGCUUGCUUCUUACGUUAGCUCCUAUGCUGCGGAAGUUGGCUUCCUCUAUCGGACCACACACAACGACCGAGUAUGUUGGCCAUGGACACACAUUGGAUCUCAAUACAUCGCCACCAUGGGAUAACGUCCAUGACUGCGAUACUUCCACAAACCAGGGCAAACAGGCUCUGGGCGACCUCUUUCAGCUUCAACAGCCGCUCCUCAUUGUCGCCGUAUCCGACCCUGCUUUCGUAGAGCUCAUGUCCGGGCUCGGGGCCAGAAGGCUUAUUGUCAUUGACCCUCUCAUGUGGUUCUGGCCAUCCGUUCCUCUGGCUUGGGCAAAUGCGAGCCUGGUGAUUGCAGUGGACUAUAUUGGCGUCCGAUCUCGAGUCGACGAGGCAAAGAUGCGCAACGCUGUUGUGGUUCCUCCGCUUGUGCCGUCUAUCGGUCGAUCGAUUUCAAAAGGCCCGAGGAAGGGCACCUUGGUCAAUCUGGGUGGCCUGCAAAAUCCAUUCAUUUCUGUCGAUGAGAAUAUCGCCUUCGCGAGACUCAUACUCUCCGUCGUCCAACAGGCCAUCAAAGCCCGAAACCAUCCUGAUGAUCUCCCCCUGCAUUUCCUGACUAGUCAAGGAGUGUGUGCUGGGAUGGAAUCAGAUGUGGCCACCUCGACAUCCCCGGAUAAAGCGCGUGUCCUCUUAUCGGAAUGCAAAACGGCUUUCCUCACAUCGGGACUUUCGAACAUUUACGAUGCUGCGGAUUGCGGAGGUCGCGUCGUCUUUCUGCCAGCCACCAAUCAGUCGCAGGGAGAACAGCCGGAGCUCAUGGAACGAGAUAUCGGCUGCUCCUUUACGCGUAUUGACUGGCAUGAGCUGAAUAUAACGAAGCCAAAGGUGGAGUAUUCCCACACGAGUGAUGCUGAGUGUUUCCCUGUCAUUCAAAGUCAUCAAAAGGCGCUCGUGGAGGACCACAUCACACAGAAACGUUUCGUGGAAAGAGUUCUCGAAUGUUAUGGGGCGGAGGAGGACAACGCAAAGAACUUACAAGCUCUCUUCUCUUCCUUUGGGCGUGAUGAUGGAACGCUAGUUAUGAAGGCCAUCGUUGACACGAUCAACCGGAGUGUCAAGCCGCCUCCAGAAGUCUCCCCAGCCAUCCAUUUGAGUGGCGUGUUGAGCGAUCUUUAUAAGCGCACAUGA